GUUCCCACACUGGAAUAGAGUUGAAUCCAGAGUCGCUCCACAGGUGGUUGUUGAGGAUAUCGCAUCAGAAGCUGCAACAAUGGUUGAGAAGUUUGUUGGGACGUGGAAGAUGGUUUCCAGCGAGAACUUUGACGACUACAUGAAGGCAAUUGGUGUGGGAUUUGCGACCCGGCAGGUGGGGAAUCGGACCAAGCCCAAUUUGAUAGUGACCGUGGACGACCAAGGGAUUGUAUGCAUGAAGUCUCAGAGCACCUUCAAAACUACUGAAAUCAAGUUCAAGCUCAACGAGCCCUUUGAAGAGACGACCGCCGACGACAGGAAGACGAGGACCGUGGUGACUCUGGAGAACGGCAAACUUGUGCAGAAACAGAGCUGGGAUGGCAAAGAAACGAAUAUCGAGAGAGAGAUCGCAGAUGGGAAAUUGAUAGCGAAAUGCAUAAUGGGAGACGUGGUCGCAGUGAGGAUGUAUGUAAAGGAGGCAUGACGGGGGUCCCCUCGGACGCAUCGCUGGAUGGCAGGCUCAGUUCAAUGAGCGUAAUCCCAAACUGAAGUACUGGCGUGUUCUGCUCCUCCUAUUCUUCAUCUUCACUGUGCUGCCAAAAUUUUAAUUUCCGUGCCUCUGUUCUCCAAUAUGACACAUUUGGUUUCAUUUGGAAUUGUUGUGGUGAUUUGAAUAAAAAUGAAAAUUUG